AUGAAGAAAACAAUUGUCGUCUUUGGAGCUACCGGAAAUCAGGGUGGAUCGGUAAUCGACCACAUCCUAAGCGAUAUUGAUCUCUCCAGUCGAUAUCGUGUUCGUGCGGUGACUCGCAACCCAGAUAGCCAGGCUGCCAUGAAUCUCAAGAACAGAAGCGUUGAAAUCGCCAUGGGAGACAUGGAUCGCCCAGACACGGUCGAACGGGUGCUGGUUGACGCCAGCAUCGUCUUCAUCCUAACGACCUUCCAAACCACCAAAGCCCACGAGAUUGCGCAAGGCAAGUCGGUCGCCGACGCAGCUGUCGCCAACAACCUGGAAUACAUCAUCUACAGCACUCUUCCCAGCGUGACCGAUAUCUCCGGCGGCAAAUAUCUUGCGGUCGAAUACUACGAUAGCAAAGCGGAGACGGAGAAAUAUAUCCGCACCCUGCCCGUCAAGGCCGCUUUCUUUGCCCCUGGGUGCUACAUGCAGAAUUUUCAGAACGAAAUGAAACCUCAGGCGCUGGGUGACGGGACCUACGGACUUGUGUAUCCUGUCUCUCCUCAAACGCAGCUCCCUCUUAUCGAUAUUGCGGAGUCUGGGAAAUUUGUGGGGGCCAUACUUGCCGAUCCGGACAGGUUUCGGGGUCAGGUAUUGUCGGCGUCGACGGAGGUUGUUUCAUUUGAAGAGGUUGCGCAGAUACUGAGUAAAUCCUCGGGGAAAACAAUCAGGUUUGAACAGACGACAGAGAAGUCGUUUCGGGACAGCCUACCGGCAGACCUUGCAGACACUCUUUUGGAGACUAUGAAGUAUUUUGAGGAUUAUGGGUACUAUGGCCCAAACACCGAGGGAAAGGUUAAAGAAACUGCGCAGAUUGCCCAAGGGGAAUUGACCACAUUGCAGAGAUAUCUAGAGAGAGAGCCCCUAGAGCUCAAGUUAUGUUAUCUAUGUCACUAUACGUACCUGUUUUUCUACAUUAUCCUUACCGCUUAUAAGCAGCAGGCUCACCAAAACAAAGAUUCUAUUAUCAGGAAUUUAUAA